UCAGAAUAGACUUCUAGGAAACAGUCCAUUUGAAGAAAGCCAAGCCUUUUCGCUGUGUCCGCUUCGCACAUUGCAAGUUUCCCGAUUCCGGCGACAACACACUCCAGACAAACGAGGCCGCUCAACGUUACUCUGUUGCUUAAAAGACAACACUUUAAAUGAACGUCGUAUUUUGGCUUUCAGCAGGGCAAGCGAAAUCAGUUGAUAACCUCCGCUUGUUUAUUUUUUCAUUAACUUUAUUUUUUUCUUAUGUUUAUUUUUAUCUCAUUUGCUUAGCUUUGUCGUUUUUUGUUUGUGUUGUUGUUGGGGGGGAUACGACUGGAAUUAAAGUGUGGCUUGAAGAAAUAGCAUGAUUCUCUGUGUGCCAGGUCCCCGAGGUCUUUUGCCCACUCCAACCACUGAGGCCCCCCGGGGGGGCAUGCGGGCAGGGACGGUAGCGCCUGCGCCUUGCCUUCAGAGCAGCCCGCCACUAUGGGAUCCCACAAAGGAUCUGCGGGCCAUUGCGAGCAACUUCUGCUACCUGGAAACAUCAGGGUGGUACUGGGGUGCAAUAAGUGCGGCCCAGGCGCACAGUGCACUUCAAGAGGCCUCUGAAGGGGCUUUUUUGGUACGGGACAGCAGCCACCCUCUGUACAUGCUCACCCUCUCGGUCAAGACGGCCCGCGGUCCCACCAGCAUUCGCAUACAGUACAGCUGCACUCGCUUCUUGCUGGACUGCAGCUCGCCAGCCCGGCCCAGCCUGUCGUCCUUCCCUAACGUGCCCAGCCUGGUGCAGCACUACAUGGGACCAGAGAGGAGAGCGGAAGACGAGGAGAGGGGCACGGUGGCCAAGGAGGCCCCUUCCAAAGUGACAAUCCAAGAGCCGUCGGCGUCGGUGGUGCUAAAAUUAAAGCGGCCCGUGUACAAGCCGCAGAGUCUGCCCUCCCUGCAGCACCUCACCCGCCUCGUCAUCAACAGGCAUUCGGAGCGCCAUGACCAGCUACCACUCCCCAGGCCUCUGCUGCGUUUCUUACAGGAAUACCACUUCAAGGUAUGAGUCUUAUCUCGACUGCAAAGGAGGACAAACACACAAACAGGUCCUAUUUUCCUCCUCACAUGAAAAUGACAUUUGCUGCUUUGGAACUUUGGACACAGGGUCAUUAUUUUUUUAAACAUGUAUACAGUACAUUCAGUUCCUAUCAGCGAGCACGAGUGUGUGUGUGUAUCACAUUUGGACUGGUUUGCAUGAGCUGUACAUACAAUGAUUCCAUUAACACACCUUUGCCGUUUUAUUUUUCUCAGUAAAACCUUUUUCUACCUUU